UAAAGUCUUGUAUCGUCGUCUUCCUCUUGGAAGUUACCCAUUAUUUAAUUUCCAUCCAAGAAAAAAAACCAAGAUAUGGCAAUUCUCCUAACGAACACCAUGAGACAUUUCACCCACCCAAAACAUCCAAUAACACUACAUGAUGAUACCAUUAACCCUAAAUAUUUGUGUGAGGGUUGCAUGACCUAUGGCUCAGGAAAAAGAUAUUACUGCCAUGAUUGCACCUUUAACCUGCAUGAAUACUGUGCGACAUGUCCGCGAAAUCUCUCGUCUUUCAUGCAUCCCCACCAUUUACUCACGCUCGUUGGACGCGAUCACCUGCCUGAUCGCGUCUGCAAAGUCUGUUGCGACCCUAUCGAAGGCCUAUCUUAUAGGUGUGCGCUUUGUGAAUUCAACGUCCACCCUAUAUGUACUCUCUUGCCAGACACACUCAAGCAUAUCCUACAUCAGCGGCAUCCUUUAAGGCUUUUGGGCUCAUCUCAACCAGCUGGAAAUUGUGCUGUUUGUAGAGAAGCAUGUGAUGCUUCUUCAUGGCGUUAUAGGUGUGCACUAUGUGAAUUUGAUAUUCAUAUAGGUUGUGUGACGGUACAAUGUAUAAAUACAUCGACCCAUCGAGGAAUUCCUACGUAUGUUCCACCGUAUGUAUUUCCUCAGCAACAAUAUUUGGGUGGUUAUGCUUAUUGGAAUCCUAGCCCCAACACUUUUCCUGGUCCAUCUAAUAUGCAUCAUUAUAACUACAAUACGCCACAACCACAACUCCACCAACAACAUCAAGGUCCCGGACAAGCGCAAACUCAUAAUGGUGGAAGUGGUGGACGAAUUAGGCAAGUGAUGUUUGAUCUGGUGAAAGCAAUUGCAAUUGGGGUGGUUUCCAAUAUGAUAUUUGGGGUGGAUGUGUCUCCAUUUUUUGCAUUUUGAUAU